AGUUGUGAGCGUGCAGUGAUUCCAUACAUGACACGUCACGUCACUAGAUAAGUUCAUUGGCACAACUAUCAUAAUAGACUCCAUGUUUGUUGCAAGAUUUACUUACAAGUUAAUUGUACAUUUGAACUGAUAUUUCGUUUCUACAAAUUGUAAACUAUCGGAGAUUUAAUCGACUCGGCUGGACCUGUGACUUACAAAGCUCCCAUCCUUAUCUUCCUUUAAAUUCUUUUCACUAUGGCGUCUGAAUUCAGCUCAGUAGUAGAGGGCACUGUUUGUGAAGAAGCCGACUGUGAAUCGAUUUCUGAUGUCACGUUCUAUGUGAAGGAGAAGAAGAAGCUCUGUCAUGACUGCGCCUUGAAAAAAGAAUGCAUCGGAAUAGCACGAAGAGGUGUAUCUAAUCUCUUCUGUGAGAAACAUGAGAAAGUAAUGGAUCUGUACUGUAAGACACAUGGCAAAGUUUUAUGUCUUUCUUGCGCUAUGAUAGAUCAUCAUGAAAAACCUUGUGUACGGCAAGACAUAGAGGACGCACUACGGGAAAACAAAGCAAAGCUCAACAUCCUUCAGAAAGCAAUGAUGGACAAAUUGGAGCUAUUACGAGUUUAUGGGAUUGAGAUUCAUCAGGGUAAACAUGUCCCAGACGAACAUUUGAAAACUAUUCAGAAUGAGGUUGAUUCCGAAAUCGAAGAGGAGAUCGAAAGAGACAGAGCCAAGGAAAAGGAAGAUGCUGAUAAAAUCGACGAGGAGAUUGAUGGGGAAAAUGAGCAGCAUCAAGAGGAGAUUCGAAAGCUCCAGAAUAAGAUUAACCAGAACAAUGCGAAGAGAGAGCAGCGACACAAUGACAAUCGUUUAAACGCAGAAAAGAGACGAAAACCGAUAAUUGAUAAACAGCGCAUUAUUCAGAAUGACAUUCAGAAGAUCGUUCAAGAGAUCGAUAGAAAGAUUGGAGAGCUUGAGAAAUCAUUGAAUGACGACACCAAAUCAGCUGAGAAAGCAAAAGAGACACUGGACCGAAUUCUUGAAGACGAUAAAACUAUUGUCAUAGAUGGACAUCGUGUGCAUGCAUCAGUGAGUGAGGAACUAAAGAAGCAACUGAAUGAGGGUGAGGUGAAAGAAAUAAAUCGUGCUGUAUCAUGUGUGAGGUUUGUGAGGGGUGUUGGGAGAGAGAAGUAUGAUGGAAGAAUUGAUGGGUAUGAUGGAGAGUGGAAGCUCAUUGAUAAAAUCAAUGUCAGAGAUAAAAUCAUGUCCCCUUGGAUUGUUGGAUGUAUAGAUGAAGAUAAGGUGAUAAUCACAGAAGCACUGAUUGGUGAAACACAUACCUACAUGUUAGAUUUGAACAGUAAAACCACACAGAGAGUGAUCAACCGUACUGAUACAUCAUAUAUAAUCUCAUGUGCAGCGUUGAAUGAUGACAAGGUAGUAUGUGGUAGGCUCAUCAAAGGUUGUACAGGAGACAGUCUACCUGGGUGCAUCAGUGUAUACGACAGACAGUGGAAUCACAUCAAUGACGUCACAAUACCAAGAAACACGACGCGUAAUGAUGCAUGGGUGCCCGUUGCAAUCGAUCAUGAUGGGAUGAUCAUCGCUGCUGAAGCGGGUCAGUCUAUGAUAUACGUCAUCAACCCAGUUAAUGAUGAGAUUGUCAAUACCAUCACGUGUAAAGAGAAGAUAGUAAUGUGCGGUGUGCUGUCAUCAGGUCACAUCAUCGCUCGACCUUCACCACCUGAUCGCAGAGCGCUCAUCAUUGACAGAGAGGGCGAUCAUCGGGAAAUCCCCCACGGUGAUGUCAUCUUUAAAGUGUGCGUUGAUCGUAUGACCGAUGACAUCUACGUCGUGACAUUAGAUGAUGAGAGAAAGACGUGUGUGAUUGAUCAGGUGAUGAGUGAGGGUGAUAUGAAGAAGAGAAGGGUAGCAUCAUUCCCGUUAUCAACUAGACUGAGGAAUAGAUCCAAUCAUCUUGUCUUAUCUCGAGUGAUUAUGACGUCAUCAGGGAAUAUAAUUGCAUGUGAUGGAGAUAAUAUUCUCAAAUUCAAAAAGCGAUUCAUCCUCUAGAUCCAUGACAGAUAAUAAUAUCGAAAAAACAAAUGAUAUUGGGAAUGUUACUACAUCUUACCAUUAUACGCUUUCAAAUUGCAAAAAAAACACACACAAUGAAACGCAUAAUUCAUUGUAAUUCAUGGUUUGUUUGUGGGUAAGCUUCAUAGUCAUAUUGGAAACCUAUCAGGGAUAUGCUAUUUUAUUGUACACGUUGUGUCAGAAUAUUUUAUACCAGACUACGCCGUCCCUUUGUUGGCUUGAGUAAGCAUUAAUAUUAAUUAUGUCUGCAAAGCAGCUCUUUAUUACUAUACCCAUGCAUAUUUCAUUUGAGUUCAGUUCCAUAUGUAAAAUUGAACAGUUAAAAUGUUCCCCAUUUAU